AUGACAGUUUCAACUUCUGAAAAUGUUCGGAAACGGGCAACGACUGAAUCAACAACAGAAGACAAGACUGAGAAGGGAGGACGCAGUGAAAAGAUGGGUCUUUUCGGAGCUAUAUCCUAUAUAGUAGGAAACAUUGUCGGAUCAGGAAUUUUUAUUACUCCUGGUUCUAUUCUCAACCAAGUACAUUCGGUUGGACUCUCUAUGAUAGUAUGGGUGUUGGCCGCUUUUAUAUCUAUGCUAGGAAGCUUCUGCUAUGUAGAACUAGGAACAUCAAUCCGAGUAUCUGGAGGAGAUUUCGCUUAUCUUUGUUUCAUGAAAUGGUACCCAGUAGCUUUUGCGUUCAUGUCAAUCGGUUGUACCAUUAACUACCCCGCAACGUUAGCUAUCCAGGCUCAAACUUUUUCCGAGUAUAUAUUUACGGCUUUUGAUGUCGUGAUGGACUCCACGUCUGAAUACUGGGCAAAAAAACUCUUAGGGUUUUCCCUGAUUUGGCUGCUACUUUUCAUGAACUUCUUCUCUUUAAAAACUUUUGUCUCCAAGUUUCAAAUAGUUGUUAUCUUUGCCAAAAUUGCGGCAACUGGCCUCGUUAUAGGAAUAGGAUUUUAUUACUUGAUUUUCAAAGGAGAUACUGAAAAUAUAAAACAGCCUUUCCAUGGCACCACGUUUACCAUUGGAACUUUCGUUAAUGCACUUUUCGCAGGUUUGUUCUCAUAUGACGGUUGGGACAUCCUGAACUUUGGAGCGGAAGAGAUUGACAGACCUAAAAGAACAAUGCCUUUGGCUAUAGUGAUUGGAAUGGUUUGUAUAGCCAUCAUUUAUGCAGCCGUUAAUUUCUCGUACUUCGUUGUCCUCCCUGUAUCAGUGAUAGAGGACAGUCCAGCUGUGGCUAUGGCACUUGCAAAACAAACUCUCGGUAAAGCAUCGUUUAUAAUGCCGAUUUUCGUGGCUUUACUUUUGAUCGGAUCCCUCAACAGCACCAUGUUCUCUGCUAGCAGAUAUCUUCAAGCAGUAGCGAAGCAAGGCCAUUUGCCUUCUGCCAUCAGUGGUUUGAAUCCAAUCUGCGAUUCUCCUCGUGUGGCUCUUUUCAUUCAUGUUUUAAUUUCAAUGGCGAUCUCAUUCACGGGUAAUUUAGAUAAUUUAAUUAAUUACGUUUCGUUCGCGCAAUGGUCUCAGCGUGCUAUAACAAUGAUCAUUGUUAUGUACAUUAAGAUAAGACAUGUCCCUGUACAUCCAGAUGGAAUUCGAAUGCCUUUCGUGAUGCCUCUACUCUUCUGCUUCGUCUGUUCCUCAUUAGUUAUAAUAACCAUCAUUGAAAGUUUUAAUGAAGCAGCUGUUGGAUUAGGUAUUCUUCUGGGUGGCUUGAUUGUCUAUCUGAUAUUUGUCUGGGAACGCACCCUCUCCUCCGUUAAAGCGUACCAGAAAAUCAUGGGAGACAUUAAUGAAAGCACAACGAAAUUCGCACAAAUUGUUUUUGACGUCAUGCCCGAGCGAUGUAGUGAGGAAGAUGCUUCGAGAGCGAUUGGGCAGACCCCGCAAGUUUUGUCCAGCAAAACUGUCGAUACGACAUCGAACUAUGAUAUUGAAAGGGCGUCUUCUCACUCUGAAGAAUCCACAAGACUAUAG